AAAAAGAACUUGGCGGUCAAAAACUGGAGGUGAUGACGAAUUGUCAGCAACUUGCUGGAAACAUACAUCUUAUAGUUGAAAAACCACUUGUUCCUACUUUAGAUAAAAUUGUACAAGAUUUCGAGGAUUUAUCUGUUUCAGAAAGAGAGUUUAAUAUUUAUCACCCAAAAGUUUUGACCCUUAAGUUUGCAAGGGAAAUGGGAUGUCUUAGAAAAGGAUAUCAA